CACUUGCAAAGCAGUGACAGAAUAGGCCGAAAAAAAGGAGGCACUAGGGCCCUGGAGCUGCUUCGGCAGGAUGUGGUACCCAGUUCAGGAGAUGCAGGAGGAGGCUUAGAUGCUCUGAGCAUCUUUGCUAGGGAACCAUGGCCAGCCAGACCCAGGGAAUCCAGCAACUGCUGCAGGCUGAGAAAAGGGCUGCGGAGAAGGUGGCAGAGGCUCGGAAACGGAAGGCCCGGCGGCUGAAGCAGGCCAAGGAAGAAGCCCAGGCUGAAAUCGAGCAAUACCGCAUGGAGCGGGAGAGGGAGUUCCAGCAGAAGCAGCAGGCGGCGCUGGGCUCUCAGGGGAACUUGUCUGCUGAGGUGGAGGCACAGACCCGGAAGAAACUGCAGGCAAUGCAGGGUGGACAAGCCCGGGGCAAGGAUCGGGUUCUUCGCCAACUUCUCACCAUUGUUUGGGAUGUGCGGCCCCAAAUCCACCCCAAUUACUGUGCAGCGAUCUAGGGAGCCAGGCUACCACUUCCAUUGGGUUGCCAAGAAAAUCUUCCUGACCCAUGUCCUGUAUAAAUCCCAUAGGCUCCUGAUCCCAAUGGGUCUAUCUUGAUGUCCCCCCAAAAUAUCAGAUCUCCACCUGUGCCCAAGCUUUGAUUGAAUCUUAUUUGAUCUAAUGCUCCUUGAAUAUGUCCAUCAAUUGUUUUUAAUAAUUUAUCAUAUCAAAGCUGUAAAUCUUGCUUGAUGGGAUUGCCACUCUAUAGGUUUUACAAUCAUGGAGUCUGUGGGGAUUUUCUUCAGAAAUGUCCUAGAUGCCUUUAGCACUCACUGGAAAGACAUGCCACAGAUUUUAAUCUUUGAAUGGGCUUUGUAAUUUUGCUCCCUCAGUCUUUGCUACUAUUCCUAAGAGGAGUGAAGACCUCCAGAGUUAAGGUCCCUUCACACUCUGCAGUUAUGGUGCUAUGAUUCCACCUUACUUGCCCUAUCUGCACCUUAUGAAAUUGUCUAAUGUGCACUUUAAGGAAGGAUAUUUCAUAUCCCCCUUCCCAUCAUUUUGCAGAUGAAAACAGGGACACAUGUGGCCAUGCAACAUCAUAGUGUGGUCAAGAUUUCAUAGUGUGGAAAAAUGUUAUUAGUGAGGAAGAACACACAGGCCAGGAGGUGCUGCAGCAGUUUGCUUUUAUAUGAGCCUACUGGGAAGGGCUAUAUCCUACUCCCUUCUCU